AUGGCGCUGGCGAUGCUGCAGGACUGGUGCAGCUGGAAAGGCUUGAAUGCACAGCGCUCCAUGCUCAUCCUGGCCAUCCCGGACGACUGCAAGGACCAGGAGUUCCAGGAGGCCGUGCGGGAUGGCCUGUGGCCCCUGGGCAGACCCUUUUCUGGGUCGGAAGAGCCGCGCUGUGGAGAAGAGUCUUUUGAGAGCUGGCUGGACCAUGCCAACGACAUGCUGUACCUGUGGCGCCACAUAUCGGAACGGGAGAGGAGGAGGAGGCUGGUGGAGAGCUUGGGUGGCCCAGCGCUGGAUCUCAUGUGCGGCCUCCUGGAUGAAAAUCCCGACAUCCCUGCACAGGACUGCCUGGCUGCGCUGGUGCAAGCAUUUGGUAACAAGGACGCCCGGAAGACCGCAAGGCUGAAGUUCCUGACUUGUGCCCAGAGGCCCAAGGAGACUCUCUUUGCCUACGUGAUGCGCCCGGAGGGCCUGCUGCAGGCGGCCAUGGAGAAGGGGGCCAUCCAGGCCGCCAUCGCAGACCAGCUGCGCACCAGGCAGGUGCUGAUGUGGGCCCGCCCCAACGAGACGCUCCAGAACAAGCUGAGGAGGAUGCGUCUGGAGAGGAGACCGCCUGGCUUCCUGGGGAUGCUGCAGCUCAUUCGGGAGACUGAGGCGUGAGAGGCCGCCCCAGGCACAAGUGAGCAGUUCCAAGUGGAAGAAGGGGCCCAUGUGGACACUGGAGACCUAGCCGCCUCCCAGGCUGCCCCGGCCCAUGAAUAUGGUGCCGAAGUCUCCCCAGACAGUGAAGAUUCUGCCCGGGCUGUCCCACCCAGUGAAGGUACUGCCCAGGCUGACCUAGCCAGUGAAGAUGCUGCCCAGGCUGCCCCAGCCAGUGAAGAUGCUGCACAGGGUGCCUCAGCCUGCAAAGAUGCUACACAGGAUGCCCCAACCACUGAAGACACUGCCCAGGCUGCCCCAGACAGUGAAGAUGCUGCCUUGGUGGACCCAGUGAACGAGGUCAUCAACAAGGGUACCCCUGCCACUGUACAGGAAACCAAGGCCUCCCCGGAUAAUGAAGAUACUGCCUGGUCUGCCCCAGCCCGCGAAGGUGCUGCCCAGGCUGCCCCAGCCAACGAGGUCAUCACCGAGGCCACCCCUGCCACUGCAGAAGAAGCCAAGGCCUCCCCAGGUAAUGAAGAUACUGCCAAGGCUGCCCUUUCCAAGGAAGACACUGCUGAGGCUGUCCCGGCCAAUGAAGAGGCCGAUGAGGCAGUUCCUGGCACAGUCAACCCUAGAGAGGCUGCUUCUGACACCCGUGAUGCUGCCAGGGCAGCCCCUGCCCGUGAGGAGACCACCAAGUCCUCCCCUGCCAUUCAGGAAGAUGAAAAUGCUCCCGCCCCUGCAGGCCUAGAUUAG